AUGUCGGUGCCAGUGUAUAAGAAACAAUACUCAUUGGGCACCCCUGCCCACAAGACAAACCCGUUUGAUUCAGAUUCUGAUUCUGAAGGGCCAUCAAGGGAACAGUCUGUUCCAGUACGACGCACCAAUCAAUCUGUGCAAGAGUUGGAAGAUUAUGCUAUAACCAAAGCACAAGAAACCACACACAAAGUAAAUGAUUGUGUCAGGGCUGCUGAAGCCAUCAGGGAAGAUGCUACACAAACCAUGCUAACUUUGCACCGUCAAGGUGAGCAGAUCGUGCGGUCUCAUCAAGUAGCAGCUGACAUUGAGCAGGACCUUACAGUGAGUGAGAAGCUCCUGGGAAGUCUGGGUGGACUAUUUUCAAAGUCAUGGAGGCCAAAGAGAAAUCAACAGAUAAAAGGACCAGUCUCAGGAAAUAACUAUUCUGCGACGACAGCUAACCACAUGGAACAGAGGUGGAAGCUAGGAAUUGCCCCAGCACGUCAAGAACGUCCCAGUCAUGUACAAACCACACCUGUAUCUGCAAUGGAAAAAAAUCAGGCUGAGAGAGCAAAGCAGGAUGAUGCACUUUCCGACCUGUGUAGCACGUUGGGACAACUGAAGGAAAUGGCAGUGGAUAUGGGCACAGAAAUUGACAGGCAAAACAAAGCUCUGGUUCCUUUCAGCGACGACGUCGAUGAACUGAAUUUCAGACUGAAAGGCGCGAAUCAACGGGGAUGCUGGUUGCUGGGCAAGUGA